AUGCGCCGGAGAAUUCAGUAUGAAGUCCCACCGUCUCCUACGCAGACGCGCAUGUGCGCCACGGCUGGCGACGAACGGAGACAGGCGGCUCAUGACGUGCCUGCGGCGUCGCAGCCUGCGAAAGGAAAACCCGUUCCACAGCCAUCGUUUCUCUGUUGGGAGUUUCGCGGUUGGUCAGGAGCUCUCCGACAACAGAGUUGCUGCACUUACCUUCGUUCCCUUAACGCCUACAGGCUCCCCGUCUCGUUUUCGCCCCACCUCGCCUUCAAGCGUCGUUCCUCCACUAUGGCUCCUAACGCAGAAGCCGUCGACGUUAAGGUGUCUCAGAACAAUGGCGCCGCUGGUGAAGAACAAAAGCUCUCCGCCUCAGAAAGGCGUCGGCUGCGUAAGGCUGAGCAAGCUGCUGCUAAGAAGGAGUCGAAGCAGCAGCAGCAAGAUGCUUCCGCGGCACAAGCCAAGAAGAAUGGAGCGGAGAAGCCCGAGGAAGAGCUCGACCCUACGCAGUACUUCGAGAACCGUUGCCAGCUUGUAGAGGACCUCAAGAAGAAGGGUGUGCCUGCCUACCCCCACAAGUUUCAGGUGAGCUUGUCCAUUCCGGAGUUCAUCAAGAAGUACGGCAGCCUCGCUGACGGCGACCAUCUGGAGAACGAGGAAGUCCAGAUUGCUGGUCGUAUCACGCGUGUUUCGUCAAGCGGGCAGAAACUGCGUUUCUACGAUGUCCGUGGUGAUGGCGAGAAGCUCCAGGUUAUGGCGAACUUCAGCUACCACGAUGAGAAGGCCGGGGACUUCGCGGAGACGCACAACCGCUUCCGCAGAGGAGAUGUUAUUGGAAUUAGAGGAUUCCCUGGCAAAUCGAAGCGCGGUGAACUGUCGAUCUUCCCUCGGGAGGUCACCCUGCUCAGUCCCUGCCUCCAUAUGCUUCCGGAGCGGAACUCGCUCAAGGAUUUCGACGUACGUUUCCGACACCGCUACCUCGAUCUCAUCGUCAACGACGAAGCGCGAAAGACAUUUUUGAUCCGGUCUCGCAUUGUCAAGUUCGUCCGCCAUUUCUUGGAAGACCGCGGAUUCGUAGAGGUCGAGACCCCGAUGAUGAACGUGAUUGCAGGCGGCGCUGCGGCCCGUCCUUUCAAGACCCACCACAACGACCUCGACAUGGAUCUGUACAUGCGAAUCGCGCCGGAAUUGUUCUUGAAGAUGCUCAUUGUUGGCGGCAUGGAUCGCGUGUUUGAGAUCGGGAAGAACUUCCGGAAUGAGGGCAUCGACAUGACACACAACCCGGAGUUCACAGCGUGCGAGUUUUAUUGGGCGUACGCCGACUACAAUGACCUCAUGGACCUCACUGAGGAAAUGCUUUCGUCGAUGGUCAAGGCGAUCCAUGGGACGUACCAGAUUCAAUUUCACCCGGAUGGCCCGGGCGGAGAAGCAGUGACUCUUGACUUCACGCCUCCGUUUGCCCGGUUGUCGAUGGUGGAGGAGAUCGAGAAGCAAGCAAAAGUGACGCUGCCGCGGCCGCUCGACGGAGAUGAAUGCAUUGCGUUCAUGAAAGACCUGCUGCAAAAAAGCAAGGUGGAUAUUCCCCAGCCUCCCACCAGCGCCAAGCUUCUCGAUGCUCUGUGUGGGCACUAUGUAGAGUGCCAGGCUACGACGAAGCCUGUUUUCAUCACCGAGCAUCCGCAGAUCAUGUCCCCGCUUGCCAAGUGGCACCGCUCGAAGCCAGAGUUGACCGAGCGCUUCGAAUUGUUCCUUAUGGGCAAGGAAUUGUGCAAUGCAUACACCGAACUGAAUGAUCCGUUCAAGCAGCGGGAGUGCUUCAUGGAUCAAGCAAAAGCAAAGGCAGCUGGCGACGACGAGGCUACCUGCAUUGAUGAAGUCUUCUGCACUUCGCUGGAAUAUGGUUUGCCGCCCACGGGAGGCUGGGGUUUGGGCAUUGACCGGCUGACGAUGUUCCUGUCGGACCACAACACGAUCAAGGAAGUCAUCCUCUUCCCCGCAAUGAGACCGCAACCGCCCACUGGAGUGCAAGGAAAGCCUGCAGCUGAAGCUGGAGACGCGUCUUCUUCCCAAUAA